AUGUUUGUAAAAAGUCUUAAAGGUAGAAACGUUUAUUUUAUUCAAAAAUGUAUUAAAAAUUUUAGCACAACAUCUAAAAACAAUGUAAACGUUCAAGUUUCUGGAGCGGCAGGUGGAAUCGGCCAACCUCUUUCUUUGCUUUUAAAACAAUCUCCACUUGUCAGUAAUUUAAGUUUAUAUGAUGUUGUUAAUACACCUGGAGUAGCUGCUGAUCUUUCUCACAUUGAAACUAAAAGUGCUGUUAAAGGUUUCGUGGGUUUCAACGAACUCAGGGAUUCGCUAAAAGGAGCCGACAUUGUUCUCAUACCUGCUGGGGUUCCUAGAAAACCUGGAAUGACCAGAGAUGAUUUAUUUAAUACAAAUGCUUCAAUCGUUCGAGACUUAGUAAAAGCAGUUGCAGAAGUUUGUCCGAAAGCCUUAGUCGGAAUUAUAUCAAAUCCAGUAAAUAGUACAGUUCCAAUUGCUGCUGAAGUAUUAAAAAAAGCAGGAGUAUAUGAUCCCAACAGGUUAUUCGGUAUUUCAACAUUGGAUAUUGUUAGAGCAAACACAUUUGUUGCUGAAGCAGCUAAUUUAGAUCCCAAAGAUGUAAAUGUGCCUGUAAUAGGUGGACAUUCUGGUGUUACAAUUAUUCCUCUAAUAAGUCAAUGCAAGCCCUGUGUAUCAUUUCCUGAAGAUAAAGUUAGUGCACUGACACACAGAAUACAGGAGGCUGGUACCGAGGUUGUCAAAGCUAAAGCUGGUACCGGAUCUGCAACAUUAUCGAUGGCAUAUGCCGGAGCCAGAUUUGCUUUUGCUCUUUGCAGAGCAUUAAAAGGAGAAGAUAACGUAGUGGAAUGUGCUUAUGUUGAAUCAAACGUUACAAAAACGAAAUAUUUUGCCACGCCACUUCUCCUCGGACCGAACGGUAUCAAAAAGAAUUUGGGAUUGGGGACGCUUAAUUCAUUCGAACAAAAAUUACUCGAAAAAGCUUUUCCCGAAUUAGAAGCCAACAUUAAAAAGGGAGAAGAUUUUGUACAAAAUUCAAAUUAA